CUUGUUAGAGGUUUUGGUGGGAAACUUAAGUUCUGUGGGCGAGAUGACACUUUUAACAUCCUAUGGAAUGGCCCAACUGCAACUUUGGGUGGAAUUGUAGCCCAAUUUAAAAAUCGUAAUAAAAAAUUAUGUAAUGCUUUUACCAAUAUGAUUGUCAUAAACACUACCUAUGGGAAUGGAUCCCCUGCUGCUCCUUUAGACAUAACCAUUGGUGAUGAGACAUCUCUUGCAAUACGAAUUCUAUUUGAGUACUUCCAACCACAACCAAGCAUUGGCAAAUUCGAUUUUCCUUCUUUUCGUUCAUUAUGCAACGAUUAUUCAAACAUUUCAAGCUUUACACUGAGCGCUGCUCUCCAAAUUGUUUAUUAUGACAUCAUUAAACAAAAGAAUCUAGAAAUAGCUUCUAAUCCUCUACUGGUCCUGGUCCUUGGAGUUGAUGAGAUUAAUAAAUU